AUGACUAGGUGGCGGAUAACACUCUCAAACAUACCCCAAACGGUAAAGUCCCUAGCCUUAUUAAAUGUAUUUAUAUCCGCCUUGGGAGGAAUAAUACGCGUGCAUCGAUGGUCAUCAGACUCUGAAUAUCCUGAAUCCGACCCUUAUCUAAAUGGUAUAGCAAUAAUUCCUGGUGCUGCUACAUGGAAUUUCUGGACUUUUGUCACGGCUGGAUUUUUGGAGACGAAUUUGACUAGCGUGAGUGGAUUUCGAGAGGGAUCGCAGAGAGAUGUUGAUAAAGAAUUAGCAUUGAACAAAACAAGUACAACAACAAUGCUUGCGGCUGGAAAAUACUUUGGACGUGUUUGGGGUUCAAAAGAACUUUUGAAAUUCGUUGCCAUUGUGAUCAUUGGCGCUAAUCUGGCGAGUUUCGUCACUUAUCUUGUCGAAUAUUAUGUAACCGGAGACAUUGCUUAUCUAUAUGCAACUCAAAUAAAUGGCCAAAUUGGCCUAAUCGAAGGAUUUCUCGUUUCUUAUAAACAGCUCAUUCCCGAACAUUUAUUUAAAGUAUUUUCAGGAACCGUAUCAAUGCGAGUAAAGCAUUUUCCAAGCAUUUUUAUAAUCACAAGUUUAAUAUUCUUCAUAUUGUUCGAAGCCCAGUCACAAUUUUUACUGGUCAUAUACGGCUGGCUGAUAUCUUGGACUUACAUAAGAUUUUUCAAGGUUCAGGAUGGUAUACGUGGUGACCGGAGUGAGACUUUUUCUUUGGCGAGCUUCUUCCCUGAGAUGCUUCAACCGCCGGUUAAGGUCAUAUCUUCGAUAAUAUUUAACUUCCUGGUGAUAUUGAGAUGUUGUAAGCCGAUACAAAGAAAGAGGCUUGGUCACGAUCUUGGAGGUUAUAAUCCGAGAUUAGCACCAGCUAUGCCUGGCAGUGCACGAGCAGAGGCCGAAAGACGAAGAGCUCUAGCACUGAAAGCUCUCGACAAGCGAUUACAGGCAACAUCGAACAAAUUUCCUCGCACUAGUCGCUUUGAUUCUUCUUCGAACCUGCCGUCCUCUCCUCCCCCGCCUCCCUUACUGGUAAAUACCUCGCCUCUUGUAACGGUACCUAGACCGGGCGAAGUCUCAAGUCCGGUGUUGUUUGAUACAAAUCAAAACGAUGGCAGCACGAAUGCUACUGGGAAUGCUGGACGUGACGGAAAUAGGUAA